GCCCCCCGCAGAGAGAGAGAGAGGGAAAAAAAAGAGAGAGAGAGGAGAGGGACAGUACUGGGGAGAGAGGGAGAGAGCCGUGAAGCCGUCGGUAACGGAGAAGAUGGCAGAGCGGCAACAACAGAAGCACGAAGGACGGGUAAAGAUCGGACACUACAUCCUUGGAGACACGCUGGGAGUGGGCACCUUCGGGAAAGUGAAGAGUUAAGUUCCGGCGUGCUGCAAUGCUGAGCUGAAUGUGAACAUUAAUGUGUUUUUUCCCCCUCAGAAUCUGAAGAAGUCUCUGUUUACCGUGUUACCGCUCCGUGACUGACAGAGCUGAACUUACCGGCGGUCAGUAACGUAAACAGCGUAUCUGUGAGCGCUAUACAGGGAAGACAGAGGGGUUUACAGCGUAACCUGGUGCGAGAAUACCCUUUCUUCAAAGUCACAUUCUUCCCCGUGUGUAGCUCCUGUUAUCAGCUAAGGCAGGUGUGUUUACCUGCAGGAGGACAGUGUCCAAGGAUGCACAGUCAAACCACAUUAAAGCACCUAUGUUUGACAUGUAUGAGGAGGUAAAAGAUGGUGUUUGACUGAGCAGUGAAGGACGUCUGAGCGCUCGUAUUAUAGCCUGACUGAGCUUCAUGUUGUCUCUGUGUUUAGAAACGCUGUUGCUAUGUGAUCCUAAUGCUAGCAUCUUUUAGCCCGUUUACUAAGAAGAGAAAAUCUUUCACAGAUAAAGGUAAACCCAGACAAGCCCGUCACUGGGCUUUCGGACAGUUUUCUUGGCUGGUCUUCGGACUCUCAGUGUGACCUUGUGAGCUUUAACUCCGCCUGUUGGUGGUGUGCGCAGUCAGGGGGGUGUUAGCAUAGCUCAGGCGGGGCUAACCCACCUGCUGACAGAGCUGCAUCUGAAAACCAUGGAGGAGGAGGAGGGGGAAUCAGGUUAGAAGGCCCUGCAAAAUGGUUAAUCCAUGCAAAAUAGACCUCCAAAUUCACAUUUUUUUUACUGCUUUGGCCUGAAACUGAUGUUGGCAGUAAAUCUGGUUUGCUGAUAAUAAUUAUUAUGAUAUUAAAUUAAUCCAGAGGUAAGCAGUGAUUUCAUCUUUUGUAAUAAUUAUCCUAAGCUGUGAGUAUGCAGGAAAGACACAGAUAACAAAUAACUGAUAAAGUACAUCCCCAUCUGCAUAAAAAGGUUUAGAUGCUGCUAUGUAUGGUGGCCGAGAACUGCCACUGCUGCAAAUAAAAAAAGAAUGCAAAAAAAAAAAAAGAAGUCACAACGAAAGUUACUGAUGCAACAAAAAAAGAAACUGAAGCCUGCUGCAAAUAAAAAAAGAAACGAUGCAGAUUUUAAAAAAGCCACAACAGAAAUUAACGACACAAAAAAAGUGGUGAUGCAAAAAAUAAAUAAAUAGAUAAAUUAAUUAAAGGAUGUGAAUAAUAAUAAAAAUCGAAAAAGGAAGUGUGCUGUCGGGGACCAAUAAUGAUGAUGCACCGGUGUUUUACGAUCUAGGCAUAGAAGACGACAACGAGAAGGAAAGGUUAUGGUUAAAUUUUGCUUUGUGUGCUCUUCAGUGUGUCAUUUAGUUCGGCCAUGUAGCGCCUGAGUCGAUAUGAAGUUGAACUGCAGCGAAAUUAAACAAGAGCCUUUCCACUGACUUAUUUGCCCGUCUUCUUGCCGUCUUCUCCUGUGCCUAGAUCAUAAAACACUGGUGCGUCAUCAUUAUUGGUCCUCAGCAGUUCACGUCCAUUGUGGCUUUUUUUAUUUGCACCCUUUUAUUUUCAGAGUAAGUAAUUUUUUAUCUAUUUAUUUAUUUUUGCAUCGCCACUUUUUCUUGCGUCUUUAACUUCUGUUGCGUCUUUUCUAAAAUUUUAUCUGCACCAUUUCUUUUUUUAUUUGCAGCGGGCUUCAGGGCUUCGGUUUCUUUUCUUUCUUUUUUUUUUUGCAUCGGUAACUUUUGUUGUGGCUUCUUUCUUCUUUUCUUUGCGCUCUUUUUUUAUUUGCAGCGGUGGCCGUUCUCGGCCAUCGUAGCUAUGCAACCAGAUUCUGCUGUUGUGCAAACCAGGUAAAACCUACAUUUAAAUGGAAAUAGUAAAAGACAACGUAUCAAAUGUUGAAACUGGGAGUACUAUUGCCUAACAAUAAAUAUAUGCUCAUUUUAAAUCUGAUGCCAAACAUGCCAGAGCAACACAGAGACAUGUUUCAGAAAAUUUGGGACAAGAGCAUCAAAACCUUGAAAAAGUCAUUGUCUGGAUGGCAUCUUUUUUCCUCCCUAAACCUGAAUAUAUUGUUCAGCAUUAACUGAGCUUUCACACAUGUGUAAGCCACACAUGACAUGGACAUUUAUGAUCCUUAUACUAUCAGGGACACUAGCUUUGAACUGAGAGCUGAUAACAAGCAAGGAGGUCCCUCAACUCUUUAGAGAGGAAGAUGCAACAUCUGUGGUUUUCCAGAUAGAAUGUCAAAAGACAGUUUUUUCCUCUUCUCAGUCCAUCAUAAAUGGGCUCAGGUCCAGAAAGAUCCCUGGUGUUUCUAGAUCGUGUUUAUCUGGUUUCCUCUUUGCUUGAUUUAGUUUUUACCUGCAUGUGUGGUUUACCAUCAACACUUUCUGGCACAAAAUAAAAAGAGCCGGGCCAGGGGGAGGAUUAAGAUUUGAUGUGUUAUUUGACCAUCUGUAUGCUGCUAUGUCUGCUUCAUGUUUGUGUUUUCCUGUUUUUUUUCUUCUUUCCCCAGUUGGUGAGCAUCAGCUGACGGGCCAUAAAGUUGCAGUAAAGAUCCUAAACAGGCAGAAGAUUCGCAGCCUCGAUGUGGUUGGGAAAAUCAAACGAGAGAUCCAGAAUCUCAAACUGUUCAGACACCCACACAUCAUCAAGCUGUGAGUACAGACAGAAAACAUAUCCAGCCAGGCCUUUCCAUGAACCUGUUUUAAACUCAAAGAUUCUUCUCACCUGUGUUUUUAUAUUGAUGAAUACCAUAUCCUUCUAAGUUUGAAGCUCUUGCUUAAUGUUCCCAAUUAACAUAAGUAUACCCCCCCAGUGCCCAUUUAGGACAUGAGACUGUGGUGCCUUGUGCACUCACAGAAAUCACAUCAUCAAACAGAGAGUGAGGCAUCAGAAAUGUGCAAACGAAAUCAUGGAGCAAUGGGGCUCUGGACUUGUAUUUUGUAGUGAUAUUAGUUGUUUAAAGAAAAAAUGGAGUGACAUGAAGUUUGAUCUCAAACCAGAGGGGAAAAAUGAUGUGAGACAGAGGAAAGAUGAUACCUCUGUGACAGUGUUUUAACUCUUAAGGAUGUCUUUGUAGAGCAAUGGAUUAUUUAGUCAUAUAGUUUAUUUGAUAGUGACAGGUUAACUUCCAUCUGUUACCUAAAAUCUGCAGUAACUGAUCGAAAGAGGUUAGUUUGGUCCCACUAUGCAAUCUGUUAAAUAUUUCUUAUAUCUAGACCAGUAUGUUUUCCUUCUUACCUUGACAGGGGGUGUGAUCAUUCUGUGGUUUCAGGUAGGACAACCAAACCCCCAUAAAUCAGACAGACAAUGCCACAACAACAUUGUGUGACUCUUAUGAGGAAGUCUACAGAGUAAGCUAGUGCAUGUUAGUUUAAUAUAAAUAUAUUUAAUAUAUAUAUGAAGUACAAUGUGUUUAGAAGUAUUCUCAAAUAAUGUGCGGGUGUAAAAUGAAGGAAAAGAAAAAUCCAGUAUCUUGCACAGAUGGGUUAGUACUCAGAUGUGAGUUUAAGUGUUUCCGAGUUCAUAGAUUUUAUUCUCUUCCAGGACCAAACCCCAGGAGAAAACUGAAACACUAAACGUAAAUGGUUAAUGUGCCUUUUUGGAACAGGAUAUGUCUUCUGAAGUGCAGUUGAUGAAUGAGACCUGAUGUUUGAUAAAACUUAGAGAUAACUGUCUCCGUCUGAUAACUGGUCUCCCCCUCUCUCUGUCUCAGUGUGGCAUGGUCUGCUUUUCCUGUUUGUUUACAUCUGCUGAGCUCCACUGAGCAUGCCCACAGGGUUCCCAGGAGGCGGAACGGACACUCACACACAAACAGGCACAUAUACAAACACAGGUCUUGAGGUCUGUUAUGGUCUGUCCAAAUGUCCAGUUAAAAUUAAUGACAGAGUGUCUCUGCUCCUUGUCUCUGUUCCUCUGGCCUUGUUGUGUUCUUGCUGUCAUCUUGUCCUCUGUAUCAUGUCAGUCCAUGUCCCUGUCUUUCUCACUGUCUCUCUCUGUAUCUCUGUCCCUGUCUCUCCUUUCUGGGUGUAUUUUUGGAGCAGGGCUGGGGUCAGUCCUCUGUCUCAUUCCUUGUCUCUCCUUUCUGGGUGUAUUUUUAGAACAGGGUUGGGGUCAGUCCUCUUUGUGAACUAUGGCAGAUAUGCGAGCUGUGAUCUGUAUUAGCUGUGGGUCGACCUGCUGUCUGCAGAGCACUCUGUCACAGAUAUAUACAUCCACUCACACAUACAGUACAUUUCAGGCACACGAUGCAGAGGCCGUCUGCAGGGUUGUACACAGCUGCACUGUGCGAUUUGUCAGUCCUGCUUUUCUAAAACCAGCACAGAUUUAAUGAAUCAGAACAAAUGUUUGACCACUUCCCCCAGGCCCUCUCUCUGUGCAGAGUUCAUGGAUAAUAUGGAAGAGAAAAAAGAUGUUAAAUUUGGUUUGUUUUUGUCCCCCCCUGUGCUGACUCGACUAGAGGGAAGCAGAUUGUGAUAAAGUGGAGGAGCAGCCACUCAUGAGAUUGGGUCUGUGUAAUAAUAAAGCUGACCUUUAUGGAAAUAAUGUGUGCAGUCAGCAGCCAUACAUCAGCGCUCAGCCUCCCUCUGUGUGUUUAUCACGGGCUAAAUAUUCAGUUCAGACAUUAAACCCAAUGAAAAGAGGAUGUGGAGUUUAAUCAUGUAUACUGACUACAUGAAUAAUCUGCUUUUUGUAGGUACCAGGUGAUAAGCACACCUACAGACUUCUUCAUGGUUAUGGAGUAUGUGUCUGGGGGGGAGCUGUUUGAUUACAUCUGCAAACAUGGACGGGUAAGAGGACGUUUGCUGUCUUUUUUUUUAUUUAUUUCAGAUGUCUGUAUUAAGGUUUUAUUAGAGCAAAGCAAAGAAAUAAUCAUUAUUACAAGAAAAAUACAAACAGAAAGAAAAAUAAAAAAGCCUAAGUAAACAAAAGUAAUGUAAGUGUUCUGCUGUGUUGCUGCUGUAUAUGAGUAUGACACUACAUUCUCCGUUUGUAAUUGAAUAGGCAAUUUAGGUUGUACUCAUUUCAAGAAAAAGAGAAGGAUAGAAAGGAAAAAGAGAGGUUUUGUCUGAGUAAAUAGAGAACAAAAGAGGGCUGGGAACAGAUCCAUGAGGUACGCCACAAAAGUAACCAAAAUUGUAAGAACUGGAUUUUGCUGAGACAACAAAAAGAUUUGGUGAGAUAAGUAUAAAUGGAGGAGUUCAAGGUCUGACCCAGGUUUAAGAAGGUUGCAGCUUCACUUCUGUUUAAGAAGACCAGAGUUACCCUAAUGAGGGCUACCUCUGUGCUGUAACAAAAGCAAGCUGGAAAUGACUAAAAAUACUUUCGCAGUGCAUAGAAUCAGUGAAAUUUUCUCGAGUGUUGUUGGAAGUUGGAAAUGGGUCAGUGAUGAUGGAUUUUGGUGUGUUCCUUUUUUGUAAUGUUUCAUGUUGGUUCAAAGUUUCAUUUUAACCCAGACAUGAAACAUAGAAGCUUUUUAUAUCAAUCCAUCCAUAACCUUUAAUGUUAGUCCUGUUUUGGGUCGCAGCGGGCUGGAGCCAAUCACAGCUGUCAUUAGGUGAAAGGUGGGGUUACGCCCUGGACAGGUCCACAGCCAAUCACAAAGCGGCCACACAGAAAAAUCGCAGACACUUAAAUCUGUGGGUGAUACACAGUCACCAGUUAACAUGUAGCAUGUUGUAGACAACAGUUAUUUAGCGGUGAGCCUGUUGAAAUCCUGUCAUACUCAGUCACACUGUUAAGAGAUGUGACAGACCAAAAAGAUUGACGCAGUUCACUUUGUUUUGGCUAAACGUAUUCAUGAACACUUGAACAGCAUUUCUCUGUCAGAUGACAAGAAGAUCUGAUGAGAGAAAUAGCUCAAUUAAAUCAUGAAAUCCUUUGUGUUAGGAUUACAGUUUUAUAAACAUUUUUUUUUUCAGUUUGUAUUUAGCAUACCAAUUCAGUAAUUACAGUAGCUACAAAAAAGAGUAGCCGACAGAAUCUGUCACAGUGCACUGAAAAAAUUAUUAUUGAAACUUCUACUGUUAAUAGCUCUCAACACUGUGAACUAUGUAAUUAUGAAACUGGGACAGCUCAGCAUUGGACAGUCAGAGCAGUCUGUCUGUUGGUUUCAAAACAUCACAGUAAGUGCAGGCUCAAGGUAUCUCCCCUGGACCUCUUGAAAUGAUAAAUGGUGUGCCCCAAGGCUCUGUCUUGGGACAACUGUUAUUGACAUUUUAAACCAACACUGUUGCCCACAAUGUUCCUAAUGCAAGCUUACGUAAAUGUACGGAUGAUAGCUAUUUUCUGCUGUACUCCAACAAUACCUCGCUCUCUACAAGGUGCACCAAACCUUUUUAUGGGUAUAAAUUGAUUUUUAAUCCUGAUCAAACUAAACUCACAGUGUUACAAACUCAAAGACAAAGUUGCUGAACCUGCUGUCUAUUAUCUCAGUGUGGCGUGGCUGAGUCUGUGUCUUCUAAUAAACCCAUGGGAUACUAAAUUAAUGAUUCUCUGACCUAGAAACUUCAUAUUGAGUAACUUGUUUCAAAAAGUUGAUGCUACAGCUGGGCUACUAUUCCAGCAAUACGUCAUAGUUUUAUUUUGCUGCAAAGAAAAGACUUGUUUCUGUUACUUUUAUGUCCCUGAUUGACAAUUGUGAUGUUUUAAAUCUACAUGCAUGAUCUCUUUGCCUUCACUUUAUGGCAACUGUUUACCUAGGAACCCUGUGGUUCAGUACAAAAAGAUUUUAAAUCUCAGUGAGAUUAAAUAGAUUAAAAUAAAUUGAUAAAUAUAAAAAUGCAGUUGUAUUGAAUAAUAAUCAUCAGCAGAUUGAAUGGUUUCAGGGUGUGUGAUCACUUUCAUAAGUUAGUCACUUCAGUAUUGACAUUGAACCUCUGAACUCCAGCUGUAAACUUCCAUGAGAGGUGAGUUUCUGUGAUUUCUGUCACAGUGUCAGUGCUGAGAGCUGUGAGAGACACUGACAGCUGUGCAGGUUACACUCCCUUUUUUUCUCGAUAGAAUAAUCCGUCUUGAACUUUAGAUGACCCCCGAUCAACAACAACAACAACCAGACAACACACCACCCUCAGGAUCAGUGUGAACCAUCAGCCUGUGACAUUCCGACAUUUACACCAGAGACACACUCACCACACACUGUCCAGUCACAGCCUCUCAUACUGUGUCUUCAGGUGGAGGACACAGAAGCUCGCCGUCUCUUCCAGCAGAUCAUCUCAGCUGUGGACUACUGCCACCGCCACAUGGUGGUCCACAGGGACCUCAAACCUGAGAAUGUCCUGCUUGAUGCCAGCAAGAACGCCAAGAUUGCAGACUUCGGUAGGAUCUGGAAUGAAAUAGUUUUAUUCAGGAGGAGGACAGGAGGAGGUCAUAAAGACAAGACAUUAGAGAGUAUGUUCAGGGAGGCAGAGCAAAGAGAAAUGUCUCAGAUUAGACAGAACUGAUGCUCUUUGUAGAGUAAAUCACAGAGUUAUGAUCGAUUUAAAUCCCCACCUGUUAACGCCUUCACAAAAAUACAAGGAAUUCUUCAAAGAGUGCAGUUUAAAUCUGUGCUGGCACAUUUUAAAGGCUGUGUAUCUGAUGCAAUAGCUGCAUGAAACAGAGAAAUGUUUAGAGAGGCUCACAGCGGCCCUGAGCUCAGCGGGAUGAGAGCAGACAGAGAGAGGCUCAUAUCAGGUCUGGCAGGAGGCCUUGAGGCUCGGUGUCAUCUGAUAGGAGGACAGUGGGGGUGCAGCGGCAGGAGAGGUGUUUUGGCUGAGAGCAGCAGAGAGAGGCGACGUUAAAGGAGCAGGAGUAGAAGAUAAAGAGAAGGUCAGCAUAUCACAGAGCGUCAGCGUCAGGGCGAGCAGCUAAUCCAAUUAGACGAGCUUUGGAUUCAGAGAUUAGAGAGCGAGAGGGGAAAGGAGGAUAAAGGUAUCAGAGCUGUGUGUGCAGGUUAACCUACAGCAUCAGUAACACAGCAGGAGCAUCUCAGACUGACUGUUGUUAACCUUACCUGUGUUCUGACUGACAGGUCUGUCGAACAUGAUGUCAGAUGGCGAGUUUCUGCGGACCAGCUGUGGUUCACCAAACUAUGCCGCUCCAGAGGUCAUCUCAGGAAGGUGUGUGUGUGUGUUUCUGCUGUCACAUGUUUUAGCGAGAACGCGAUGAUCAUCAGAGUUAUCCACAUUCCUAAGACGAAUAUUUAAUCAGCUUUAAUCUUGAGCACAGGAUCAAACACCUGAACCAACACCAGAACAAUAUCACAUCUCUGUUCAGUGUUGCUCUCUAAACUCAGCUGGGCGCUGAAAUCCUUCAGUUGUCGUAAAUCAGAAGCAGAAUAGCUACAAAGGUUGCAGUGUAAAUAUCAUUAACACAAAGUCAAGUCAAGUCAAGAAAUCUUAGAAAUAAGGAGGAUAUGUGUUCAUCAAUGCCCAUUUUCCACAGCAAGGACAAAAAGGCAACAAGUAAAAAAAAAAGUCACAGAUCAUAAAAACUCAGAGGAAAAUAUGUUUUGUUUUCCAUUAAUGAAACAAUAAAGAAACAGGAAUGUUUUAGAGGGACCGCUGGAUUUUUAAAAUCUGAUAUUAUCCCAUCUGUGCAUCUUAAAAGAGAGAGUAUAUGUGUUCAGUGAUUUAUAGUCUUGAUCAACUCUGAAUCACUAAAGAUGAAAAUGCAGCUGAGAGCGCAGUGAAAUGAGUGUCUACCCAAUGACAUUUUUUUUUGUAUUUAUCUAGAAGUGUUUUGUUCCUUACAAGAGCUGUUGCGUUAUUAAAAUUUACGACAAAAACAGACGUCAUUUUGCCCAUAUCGAUAUAUUCGAUGUCAAAAAAAUAAAUAAAUAAAAGUUGGUUUUGGAUGUGUGUAGGCAGGCUAUGGUCUCAUGUCUCUUUAAGAUGCUGUCCUAAUUCAGAGACGUGACUCCACCCCAUCCAGUCCAUAACAAAGAGGGAAAGACAGGUGAGGAGAUGGAGGACGGUUCAAAAGUUGUAGCAGCUGGAGUGGCAAUACAAGUCGACAAAGUUAAUGUGGAAGGGGGUGAGCAGGUUGUGUAGUAGUUAUCGUCCAUUUAUCGUUAUCGAGGUGAACUGCUUGAUAUAUUGUGAUAUUGAUUUGAGGCCGUAUCGCCCAGCCCUAGUGUGGAGGUAUUCUUUCAGAAGCAGACUCACUGUUGUCAUAAAUUUAGGACAUGAUGAGGCAGAGGUAUUUCUCUUCUCUCUCUCAGUGGGAGUGGAGGUUGUAAAAACCUGAAUGCUUGACAGCUGCACGUCUCCCUGAACAUUAUCAGACUGCCUUCCUUUUCGAUACUGCCCUCUGGUGGUAAUAACAUAUAUUUAUCUGAGUGUGGAAACUGCUGAUUUUUCAGUCACUUACAAUGGAGUCACAUUGAUUUAUCUGACUAACAUCAAGUAUGAAACAACAGUAUAUCCUAAACCAUACCGUUUAAAAUACAGAACAUUAUUUAUCAUCAUGAACUAAAACAUGUCACUAGUGCUUUAAAGGUUGUAGGAGUGCUCUCUGUUUCUCCAGUGAACCUCUGGGAGUGGCGUGCUUCGAGUUGAUGCCUUUGGUAACGACAGCUGACAUGUUGUCCUCUGUGAUCAGACUCUAUGCAGGUCCAGAGGUGGACAUCUGGAGCUGUGGGGUAAUCCUGUACGCUUUGCUGUGCGGCACUUUGCCCUUCGAUGACGAACAUGUCCCCACGCUAUUUAAGAAGAUCAGAGGCGGAGUCUUCUACAUCCCUGAGUACCUGACCCGCUCCGUGGCCUCGCUGCUCAUGCUCAUGCUGCAGGUGGACCCUCUGAAGAGAGCCACCAUCAAAGACAUCAGGUGCUGACCUGACUCUGACGGGUCAGAAAACCACUUUCAGUUUAAUGGUUUUAUAUAAAUCUCUUCUUCUCUUGGUUUUUCCCUCUGACUCUCACUGUGUGAUCCAGCACUUCCUGGAUCACCUGCAGAGUUUUACCUGCCUUCAGUCUGCACUGACUGAUUCCUCUGUCCUCUGUCCUCUGUCAGGGAGCAUGAGUGGUUCAAGCAGGACCUGCCCGGUUACCUGUUCCCUGAGGACCCCUCGUAUGAUGCCACAGUUCUGGAUGAAGAGGCCAUCAGAGAAGUGUGUGAGAAGUUUGAGUGCACCGAGUCUGAGGUGGUGGCCAGCCUCUACAGCGGAGAUCCACAGGUAGGCACACCUGAGAUUUUCUACAGGAAUACACCUGUGAAUGUUCAGGGUUAGGGUUAUAGAUAUAAUAUAGUAUUUUUGGAAUUACAUGUUACUCUCAGAGGGGAGAGGAUCAAGGGGAGAGGGAGGAUGAUGGAGUGAUAACUAAGGAUACAUGACAGCAGCCUUCACAGAAAUCAUUUCACUGACAGACAUGCCCUCAAAGCAAAUGCCACCCACUGAUUGGCUGCGGCAGCUGCUCAGACUUUACUAAAUCAUGACAACACCAGUGGAGUUUAAUACCAGAGAAGAGGGACCUUCAAACAGUAGGAGAAGUCCAGAUAUAGGUCAGAAACAUACAUCAAUUUAUAAGCUGUAUUUUAGAUUAAAAAAAAGUUAUUUUCUUUGCAUGAUCAGUUAUUUCUCCUGUCUAAUGUUGUUGUAAAGAAAAUUCAGCUCCAUCUUUGGGUGUGGAAGUCUGUUACAGGAAUUAACUCUAUAUAUUUACAGUCAUGUCUAAGGUUUUAUAUGUGGAAAAAGGCUGAUCAGCAAUGAGCAUGGGUUUGGAAGUGUUACAUGACUUUCUAUUUUCAGGGAAACUGUGAAAAAAUUUAGUGUUUCUGAGACAUUAUAUUAGAGGGUUGUGUUAAUGAGAAUCAAAGUUCACAAUAAGAUAAGCACUGAGUAAGGGGCUACAUAAAUAUGAAUAUUCAUAAAUAAUCCAGUUAUGACAAAUUUUACAGUAAAAUAAUCAUUCUGGCUCUCAGUAGGACUCAGAAUAAACUGACUGCAGGUUGUUUUUUAUGUGCAGGUGUUUGUUGAACAGGUAAAAUACAGUAAAAAACUGUUGCUGCUGUAUUUAUCAGGGUUAUUAUCAUAGUGCAGCACUGUGUGAGCAAACAAACAUCUGUUACAGCUGAUCCAGAGGUAAUUAGCUGAUACCUUCAUUUUUAAAGAGUCAUUUCACAUAUCGAUCAAGAGGAAAGGACGUCUCGUCUCUUUGCUUGUCCCCUCUCUCCUCUCUUCGUUGUCCAUGUUUCUCCAUUAUAUUUGGUGGAAGGGACUAGGAUGAAAGGGAAUGUUGCAAGUGAGGGAUGCAAGGAUCAAACUUAAGGGCCCUGAGCUGUAGCCAGAGUUCACCUCUGAGGAUGGAUGCAGACAAAGACUGGAGGAACUCCCUGAAGAGGGAAAUUUCCUGAGAGUUGCUGGUUCUUUUGGUGAAAACGUGAUUGUUGUGUUGAUAAGGCUUGAGGUGCUGCUGUCUUGUCUGCUCUGUUUCCUGCAGACAUCCAUCAGAGCUGUAUGAUUCAUUAAUCUGCAGCGCUCUGCUUUGCUCAGUACCUCUUUAUCCUCCCUCUGCCCUUGCAGGAUCAGCUCGCGGUCGCUUAUCACCUCAUCAUCGACAACCGGCGCAUUAUGACGCAGGCCAGCGAGUUCUACCUGGCCUCCAGCCCUCCUCAGGGCUCCUUCAUCGAGGAGGGUAUGCAGCUGCCUCCCGGGGUCAAACCCCACCCAGAGAGGAUGCCCCCACUCCUUGCUGACAGCCCUAAGUCCCGCUGUCCCCUGGAUGCUCUGAACACCACCCGGCCUAAACCGCUGGCAGUGAAGAAGGCUAAGUGGCACCUGGGCAUCAGGAGUCAGAGCAGACCCUAUGACAUCAUGGCUGAGGUCUACAGAGCCAUGAGACAGCUGGGCUUCGACUGGAAGGUAAUGUCACUCUUAAACAAGCUGAAAAAAUGCUGCUGAUGGAUCAGCGUGAAGCUUUUCUAUCAGGUCUUAUUUUUGCUGUAUGUAAAAUUUUGAAGUAAUGACACUAAAACUUCAGCUCACGUUUCUGUUCUUUCAUUCUCCCCUCACUUCUCUAUAUUUAUAUCUUUAUUUUUACAUUUUAUUAUCUUCUAAUAGGGUUUGCUUUUUUCCUACACUUCAAAAUUAAAUUAUGACAAUGAUGUAACAAACACCAUUCUCUAGGAAGACCCAGUGAUUGUUUCAGGGGGCGAUGUCGUGUCUAGGGUUUCACAAAACACGUUAAGAAAGUAAUUGAAACCAUACAGAGGAGGAAAAUUCUCAUAUAAUAUUGUUUGAUUUUGUGUGCUAGGUGGUAAACCCAUACCAUCUGAGGGUGCGGAGGAAGAAUCCAGUGACGGGGAACCUGGUGAAAAUGAGCCUACAGCUGUACCAGGUGGACAACAGAUCCUACCUCCUCGACUUCAAGAGCAUUGACGGUCAGUGACGCUGCUAACAGAUGCAGAAUGUGUUUGAUUGAACUGAGUAAACAUAACAAACAAAUUUGGGUGGGGACAUAAUAUUGUCAAUCACUCAUGUAAAAGACAAAAAUUGAAUUCAUGUUAUUAUAUUAACCGUGAUGGCUGCUGCUUUGCUCAUGUGACCCGCAGAUGACAUCAUGGAGGCGGUCGGCUUUAAAUCGGGCUCGUCCACUCCUCAGCGGUCAGGCUCCACGGCUGGCCUCCACAGACCCAGACUGAGCAUCGACUCAGCCAGCCUGGCGAUGGACCUGCCCCAGCUCAGCUCCUCCCUGCCUGGUUCUCUGUGCGGGAGCUCCCCUCAGCUCACCCCCAGACAGGGAUCACACACCAUGGACUUCUUUGAGAUGUGUGCCAGCCUCAUCACCACGUUGGCCCGCUGACACACUCCUGACUUCGGUGCUACCUUGACGUCUGAGAGGUUUUUAAACCACACGCUGAUCUGGGAUGUAGGGAGGGUAGAGGUCUGAAAAGACUUCCUCUCUCUGUGGUCCUUUUAUCUCCGUUUAGUCUCAUUGAAGGGGAAGGACGAGCAGAGACGAGGAGGACUCGUCUGUCUCUUCGGAUUAAAGGAGACAGAGAGAGGAAGCCUUUCUCUCAGAGGCAGAUCAACAGCUUCUUUUUCUCAUUAACACAGUCCCUCAGUUCUAACAUCAGGCUUCAGAGUCAAAACUGAUCCUGGUCCUGGAACAUGUGAACCUGAAAAGCGAGAAGGUAGAGGUCAAAGUUCACCCUCAGAAGGGGGUUCCCAAAGGUCAAGUUCACUGUCUCACCUCCCACGGGUACCUAAAAUAUCACCAAACAGCACUCUUAAAGGUGCAGUGUGUAACCCUCAGCAGAACACACGUAGCUAACAGAUCCAAUAUUAUUAACACGUAAUCUCUGACGAAGAAGAAGAAGAGGUGCAACCAAAACAGACCAACCAAAUAAGACUCAGAUAUCACCAAAUAUGAGGAGGCCUGUUGUGAGUUUCUCAGUAUGAGUUUGGAAAGAGAAAGUGAAGGGAGCGGCAAUCAGCUGGCUGCAGGUAGCUCUGGUGGAUCAUGACUUUGCAUAAAUGAAUAAAAAGAUCUCUUGUAUGAGCUCUAGUCUCUCCUAAAAGAAGACAGAGGAAACCCUCCAUCAUCUGGGUUUUUCUCAGUCCAGUUUUUGCACAGAGAGCAAGACAGAAGCAACAGCACUGCACCCCUAAAUGCUACAAAACUCCUCCCCAAGUUCCCUGUUGGGGGUCUUUGUUCACCGAGUUCGUACCUUUAACUAGAAUAACUCCAGGGGGUCUCCUCUUCUCCUCUUCUCCAACAUAAACAAACCUGAGAACAGGAGAGACGAGGAGCCGAGCUGCUGCUCGUCUGGCUUGAGAUGCUUAGCUUUUUUUUGUGUCUGAAAGGUCCUUAUCUAAUGCCAAGUUUAACACAGAGAUCUUAAUCUCUUGAAAAUAAACAGGAAUAAUGGCUGAAACCAGUAGUAAUAUUUCCGUGUUCAGCGACAGUCUUUAAGCGAUAGUUAAUCAAGAGGAGCUAGGAGCUGAGCUGUAACCAGUCUGGUUUUGGGUUGUGUGUCAAGAUGACUGCUUAAUAGGUUUUGAUCCGUGCCAAAUUCUCUAAUGCGGUUUCCUAAAGUUUAUUGUUCAAGAGGUUUUUACCUCAGCUGAAUCACCUUCAGAGGUUUUAUGUUCUCUCAAACAAACAGAGACUAUGAUCAAACCGAUGACAUCUCUAAAUCAGGAAGUUAAUAGUUAAAAAUCAGUGUAUCAAUCAUUAAAUAAAAGUGGACCAAGUACUGAAACCUGUGGCACCCUACAGUGUAUGCUGAAGUGUUUUGAUGUACAGUUACCAAGUAUAAUGGAGGAUGAUCUAUUUUGCAAGUAUGAUGGUAUCCACUAACAGAUAAGUGCUGAGAUUCCACUGUAAUUUUCCAGAAAUUAUAAUACAAACUAUUAAAACCUCUAAGGAGGAUGGUACAAUGUAUGCAUCAGCUUAGUUUUGAAGUUUACCCUUCCUCAGGUUGGAGUUAUCUAAAGGGGAUUUCUCCUCUGGUAGACAAACAGAAAUUAUGACUAAAACCACUAAAAUAUGACCUUACAUCCUAAAAUCAGUGUGUCCUGCUCUCUGAUGGAUUAUAUACAUUUAGAGGGGCUGUGAGCCAAGCCUGACUGAAGUGACUCAGUUUGCUUUCAGGCUAGGGUUCCUUUGUUGGUCACUUUUUACUUAGAAUUAAAUCAUCUACAGAGGGUUUCCCCAUGUCCAAAACAAUCUGACUUUUUAAGUGAAAACUGGAAAAACCUGUAAAGAAGCUACUUGUUGAAAAUCAGUGUUUUCUUCUCUUGAUUACAAAACAUGAGGAGAGGAAACAUGUGAGCUGAGCUGCCACCUAUUUGACCUCAUUUCCUCUUUCCUAUUUCUCCUAUCAGCUAUAUGAUGUUUAUAUAACUGAUUUAAAACUCAGAGUAUGGUGCAGGCUGUAAAAUAAGUCCUUUUUAAUUUAGUUUGCAUCUCCCUGUUCUUGUUGCAAUCCUCAAACUGACCACUAGAUUUCACUGAAACUUACACACUGCUCCUUUAAUCCUCCUGGGUUUGCUCUGUCACUGAUUAGAGGUCCGUCUUUAUCUGCGGGACUGUCUACAUGUCAGUUUGCUUUCAGGUUUUAUAUUCUCUAUAGUUGGUAAAGAAAGAGCUUUUGUUAUCCAUGUAUAUUAUAUUUCUAUUACAAUCAAUGACGUAGCUGAAGAGAUUGACAGAGAUAUACCAAAAAACUGACUUUAUACACCACAAAGAUGAUGAUGAUGAUGAUUAUUAUUGUUGUUAGGUAGAAAUCAGAUCCAUAUUUAUUUUUUUAGACACUGUAGUUAUUAUUUAUGCACCGCACUGACAAAGGGUUAUUUUCAUUUUUAUAGAAGAAUUAUGAGUCAGCAGGACCAGUGUGUCCUACGUUUAUGAUGAAGCACAGAUACACGCCAUCUCAUUAAGUUCCAAAAAUAAGCAGCAUAAACACACACACUAACACACGCACACAAUCCAUAACAUACAAUAAGUUUAGCAAUUUCUAACCUGCUGCUCAGCUGUGAAUUUACGGGACAGUUUGCCAUAGAUGCAUUUUUUUUAGCGCACUGAGCCUUUAAAAAGUGACAAAAAAUAAAUAAAUUAGCGCUUCAUAUGAACAGUGUAAAAGUCCCUGUAUUAGCAUUAAUAUCUGCAUUUUUUAACAUAAUAAGAGGAAAGAAAAACUUCAGGAAACUGUAAGUUUUCCUGAUAAAAUACACUGUCAAUUGAUCGAUUACUUUUACUUAAAACCAGAGAAACCUUCCUCCGUAGGUAAAGAAAAUGACUGAUUAUGAAGCAACAAACGAAACAGUAAACUGAUGAAUCAUUGAAUACGCUUCAGGUGACUGAAUAAUGACAAUAAUCAUACAUUCAUGGUGAGAUGGUGUGUAUCUGCUGCAGGAGGGAAAAAGCCACAGAAACCUUCCUCUCGUUGCCUUAAAGACUGAAUCAGUGGGUCUGUGUAGAUGUUUGUGCAGAGUGUGAGUCUUCUCAGAGUAAACCACGUGGUUUUCAUGUUUCUGUCUGCAGGAUCUAUGUGAGUUCAGUUCCUGCAGGAUCUGUCGUAGUUUAGUGCUAAUGCUUCAGACUGAUGCUCUGUGUCUGUGUUCACUCUGCACUUUAAUACUCCUUUAAUGCAGUUUAUUGCAGAGUCACAGUCUGCGUGACUGGCCGCACCUGUUCCUGCUUCUCCUCUGUGUUUAUUAGUGUCCUGAUAGGUCAGACUGAAGCUGGGCUGUGAUUGGCUCUUGGUAAUGGUAUCACUCAGAGUGAAUGUAAAGUGAAGCUGCUGUCAGGCUGGUUUUCUCUGCUUAAAGCAGAGUUUUAAUGAAAUGCUGCCUUUCUGCUGAGCUCAGAGAAAUAGAAGCUGGAGGGACGCUCUGAACUCUGCUUCAGAUGGGGGCUGAAUAUGGAAAGCUCUGCAUGAACAAUAUUUAUGAGAAACAGUACUUUCAUCAUAUUCACUUUUAUUCAUGUUGGCCUCUGGACCCUCCCAAUAAAAAAAGAAAAAAAAAAAGAAAAGAAGCUUUAUUAAGGUACAUUAACUUCCCUACAUUGGGUGUUAUGUUCUACACUGUCCACUUCUAGCUUCACUGCCCAACACUGCCUCACAGUACAAUAAAGGCCAUCAUAAUUCAUUUGUGCCUGUAUGCAUAUCUAGUGUAGAACAUAAAUGAGCCUAAAGAUUCAUCAAGCAAUAUUUUGAGGAUUUGUUAAAAGAGUGUACAGCUAAUGUCAGCAGAGAAGAUGAAGUUAUUAUAUAGUCAGUGGGGCUAAUUAUCAAGGGGAAUAUAACCUAUAGUUUAGUGUCUUCCUCAAAUAUAUGAUGUUUUUCUCUGGUGUGCUGGUUGGUGGGGAGCACACAGCUUACUUUUUAGAUAAACAAAACAAAAAAAAAGUCAGAACUGUCAUACUCUGAUAGUAUUUUUUCUUGGCCCCCCUGCACAGGUCAGAGCCCCCCAGUCUAAAAAGUCUGGUCAUGCCCCUGUAAAGAUGAAGCAUUUCUUUAUGAGAAGGUGCAGACGAAUCCUUUCGAGAAAAACUAAACAGACCGUCCAGAUUCUCCCGUUUAAAAGGACUACAUUAAAAAUAGAGAGAUCAAAUAUUGUUAUGGAGAUGUUUGGGUUGUGUUCAGAGUCGAAGCACACCUGUCUGACCCAGCUUCUGUGUUACCUGAGCUCUGUAUUGGACCUGCAUUCACCUGCUGACCUGAGGGUGGUUUCAGUUCAGUCAUUUCUGCCUUAUUGCUGUGAUCAGAGUGAAGGCUGCUGCUCCUAACAGACUCUUCUCAAUCCCUUUAUUACCACAGAUCAUCUUUGUCUCUGUGUUAUGUAUGUGUAUGUGAGAGAGAGAGAGAGAGAGACAGCACACACUCCACUGACCUGACUCUACACAUAGGGACAAACUCUGCCACCUGCUGGAACACACAUGCCACUGCACACACACUUUUCUGUGUAGCAUAGGACUCUGUUUCUGUGUCUUAAACCUCUUGCCCCCUGUUCCCUGACCCCAAUCUCUGACCUCUGAGCCUUGAGCUGGGUCCAUCAUGGGUCCCAGCAGGAAUAUUUUGCAUCAUUGUGCUGCUGCAGACUCACUCUGUGGUAAUGAUCCACACUGAGACCUUCAGAGGUCAAAGGUUAAGGGUGUGUCAAACUCCUGUUCUCUCCAGUAUUUACUGUCAGGUGUUGUACUGUAACAUUACAACUGUAUGCAACUACCAGUGGCAUGUUAGUGUGUGAACUCUGUGUGUAUGGGUGCGCGUGUGUGUGUGUGUGUGUGUAGCCGGAGAGCCUGAACUGUACAUGUCGUACCAAAGUGUGUGUUUCCGCAGCCAAUCAGAGCUCUCUGUUUCUCUGUGUGGGAGGGGUUUCCUUUUAUCAGUGUAACCUUAUUAAACACCCCAGUGAGUGUGUGUGUCAGUGCGUGUGUGUCUGUGAGCUGUCUGUGUGUGUGAGGGGUGGGGUGGGGGGUGGACUCUCCUGUUAUGCACUGCAUGAUGUUGCUGUUAUUGAUUUGCACUUUAAUGAGUAUUUAUUGAAAUACAAUAAACAGACAUAUAAAAGAAGAACGUCUCUGUUUCUGUCAGUUUGACACAUUCACAGCAGGUCACAGAGGAUCAUAUCUGUGUUCAUCUCCAAGCAAAAAGACAAUAACUGCGUUUUCAUCGUAUGAACCUCCUGCAAUCAUUAAACUGUAAUACUCAUAAUUCAUGGAAAUCCUAACAAGGAAGUGACACCUUAGAGACAUGCAGUGAUUUAAGUAAAGAGUCUGCUUGAUGCUCCUGCAGAAGGCCAAACUCUGACAUCAGUCUGCAUUUAAGACUAAUUGUAAUUUUCUAAUAUGCCAAAGAGAAGUCCAAAUAAGCUCUGUUUUUGCAUUUUCUAGGCCUUAAUGACCAAUAGGAACAAAGAUUUCUGAAAAUGCUGCAGUGGAUGAGCUGAUCUUACAGCAGGUUAACACUUUAUUUUGGCUGCAAUGACACUCAAAGUACUAUGUCCACUAAAAGUUGUAGUUUUUAUCCCUGACAGGCUCCGGUUGUUGUUCUCAGAGUCUAAUAGCAUUACAGACCGGAUGCCUAAAGACAGAGAGAUACAGUUAGCUGAUACAUCAGCCUCUACAAAAACACCAGACCACACUGAGAAAAACUGGAUCUUAACUCACAGGAUAAAGGAGGUUGUUUAUGUUUUGAUUAGUCAGCUGAUAUGAUAUCUGUGCUCUUUUUGUCCAAUUUAACCAUUUAAAUACUUAAGUCAUACAAGCUAAUGGCCAAGUCUGCAGGAUGGUGCAGGUUAAACGGUGCAAUUUAAGCCCAAAGUAAGAUGCAUGAUGCAAAGAUGUUAAAAAAAGUCUUGAUUACUCAAAGAGGAGUUUUGGGUCUUAAAUAAAUCAAACAACUCAGUGUGUCUGCCCUCAUUUCUUUAAACCAGCUGCUCCUGCUACACAUUCAACCUCUGCCCCAGUGCUGUGCCUCUGAAAACAGAAAACUCUCACCAGUCACUGUGUGAUUCACAUUGUAAUAAUUGAUCUCAUAUCUGCUGAAGUUAUCAAAGUGAACAGCAGAAAAAAUCAGAGACUUUCCAAAUGAACAGACAUGUGCGUUAUUGUUCAAAGCACAGCAGCAUAACUCCAUAAUUACUGAACUGACGAGGAUCUGGACGAAGCUGGAUUAUCUUUUAUUCAGGCUUUAGUACGUAUGGCUUAAUAUUACAAUGUAAUAUCAGGUCUAAACAGAAUGAUGUACUGACCGUAAAAUCCUCUCUCUCUCUCUCUCUCUCUCUCUCUCUCUCUCUCUCUCUG